AAAUGUCUUCUCCGGUUUGAAGUCAAAACUGUAUCAAUAAUGACAUUAAGGUCUUCUCCGGUUUAGCUCAGCGUUAACCCAGACCCCUCCAUGUCGUCAUCAUCUUGACAUUUUCAAUUGUGUUCAUCUAUAAACAACCAUUGACUCUCACUUUCUGAGAACUUUCAGACACAACAGAAAGUACAUAUAAAACCAAGGAUCUCCGCGUUUGUAUACUUUUGUGAAUAAAUGGAAAAAGCAUCCGACAACAACCCCGCGAAACUCUCGAAGAUGCUUCAAAAAGCCUUGUCGAUUGGUCACGGUGCAACGCCGUUUAGUCCGGUAAGAGAUUUCCACCACCACCGUACAGCUUCGACGGUGAACAGAGGAUUAUUCUUCUCUGGUCCGAUAACACCGUUGCUUCCAACAGCGACGGCUAGGGCUAGGAGAAGAACCAAGAACGCCGUCGUUUUCGCCGAACCCACUUCGCCUAAAGUCUCCUGCAUCGGUCAGAUCAAACUCGCUAAGUCGUCGACGAAAAACCGAGCACCUAAAGAUCUCAAACCGGCGUCGUUUAAUAUUGUUAAAGAAGCCGGCAAAGGAAACUGGUCGAAACUAAAGCGUCUCUUCUCAACGAGAAGGAGAGAAUCAAACUAUACGGCUGUUUCCGCCGUGAGCGAGCAUCGGAUCUCGGCGGUGGAAGCGGUUGCGGUGCCUUCGUUAGGUAAAAUGAAGAAAUUUGCGAGCAGCAGAGAAGCUCUCGGUGCAUUUGAUUGGACGGUCGAGAUGAAACGUGAAGAAUCUCAAUCGGAUCAUCGCGGAUGUUACUCUACCGAUGACAAAGAGACGAAGAUUCCAUGCGCUGUACGCACGCCUCUGACCCUGUGCUCAAGACAGAAGAGUGAAGUUAAUCUGUGGAAGAGAAGAACCAUGGAUCGACCAAAACCACUUCAAGUUAAAGCUACUUACUAAGUUGUCUUCGUUCCUACUUCAAUGUGUACUUUUUUUUUUUUCGGAACUUCGUUUCAACGUACUAGGUCUAUAUUUUUUUAAUACUUAAAAGAAACAAAAUAAUUCGACU